AUGCGAAAGGAAAAGAAUCAUAUAUUUGGAGCAAAAUUAGUUCUCACUUCAAAUGAAGAUUUGGUUGACAAUCUUCUGAAGAAGUUCAAGAAGAAAGAAAUUGACGAUGCAUUUCUCAGUAAAAUAAAGUUUUUACCAGCCAAAAACUUCAUUGAAGCCCGAGAAGACAUUGAAAAAACUGAUGUCUUCAAAAUAAUAAAAAAGAUGCCAAAAGGAGCCGCGCUUCAUGCGCAUGCCACAGCGAUCGUUUCAGACAAAUGGAUCUAUGAAAAUGUAAUCUUCCGUGAUAAUUUAUAUAUCUGCAUUACGCCUAAAAAAAUAUCUCUUUAAUUUUUUAACAUGCCUACAAAUUAUUGCGAUUGGCAACUACUUAUCGAGUUGCAAAAAAUCAAUCAAACACUUGCUGAAGAAAUAUACUCACGCAUUCGAAAAGAAUUAUCGAUGAUCAUUGAUAACCCGGAUAUCGUAUACCCUGAUGUUGAUUCUUCGUGGAUUAAAUUUGAAAAGAUUUUUGAUUUUGUAAGGCCGCUCCUGCAUUACCGUCCUGUUUUUGAAGAUCAUUUUUAUCAAGGGUUGAAAGAAUUAUAUGAAGACAGAGUCAUGUAUCUUGAACUACGUUCUUCCUUAACUCCACUUUAUGAUUUAGAUGGAAUAAAAUAUGAUUUAUUUGAUGUCAUUAAGCUCUAUAAAGAAAUUACUGAAAGAUUCAUCAACGACUACCCAGAUUUUUCAGGGGUAAAAAUAAUUUAUACAUCAUACCGAAGAAUGUCUUCAGCGAAUUUACAGAAAUGUGUUAAUGACACCAUUAAAUUAAAAAUAAAACAUCCGAAUUUUCUUGCUGGAUUUGACUUGAUUGGGUAAGAAGAGAAAGGAUACUCGAUAGUCGAUCGACUUGAUAUAAUUAAACCUCUAAUUAAUCACGUACGAUUUUUCUUCCACGCUGGAGAGACAGGUUGGUAUGGUUUGGAGACUGAUGAAAAUCUUCUUGACGCAGUUUUGUUGAACACGACACGCGUCGGUCACGGCUAUGCUCUUUUGAAACACCCGAAAGUGUUGCAAUUGAUGAAAACUAAGCACAUAGCCGUGGAAGUAUGUCCCAUUUCGAACCAAGUUUUGGGAUUAGUUGAAGACAUGCGCAACCAUCCAGCGAGCGCUUUGUUCGCUAAAGACUUUCCUGUGGUUAUUUCAAAUGAUGAUCCCGGUUUGUGGGGAGCCAAAGGUCUCAUUCAUGAUUUCUACGAGGCUUUCAUGGGUAUGAUGUCCUUGAAAGCUGGUCUUAAAGCUCUUAAACAACUGGCUCUCAAUUCUUUUUACUACAGCAGUAUGGAUGAUCUUCAGAAACAAAAAACUUAUGACGUCUGGAGGUUGCGAUGGGACAUAUUCAUUAAUGAAAUAAUUGAUCGGUACAAUUUAUCAAAAUAAGUACUUUGAGAACUAAAUCUAAACUAAAUCUAAAUCUUUGUUAAAUGUCA